GAGGCAAACUAAAAAGCAUGCAUGAGUCACAGUAAAUAGACUUGCUUACAGGAAGAACCGACAGAGACAAUCUGCUCUGCCCUUAGGCAAAGCCCCGAAUCUCACGAGUGCUCUCAACCUCAUUGGAAAAAUGGAAAGCUCAGAGGAAAAUUACUAUGACUACAGCUCAAACUUCAGCUAUGAUGACUAUCAGACCAUUUGUGAGAAGAGCGACGUACGCUCCUUUGCCAAGAUCUUCAUCCCAGUUGUAUUUGGGUUAUGUCUUGUGAUAGGUUUAGCAGGGAACACCCUGGUCUUGGUGGUCUACGCUUACCGCAAGCAACUAAAAACACUGACUGACGUGUUUAUAGUUCACCUGGCCGUUGCCGAUCUGUUGCUUCUCCUGACGUUGCCCUUCUGGGCAGCCGAUGCGGUCCACGGCUGGGAGCUUGGGGUGACUCUCUGUAAACUUGUCUCUUCCUUAUACACCAUCAACUUCACCUGCAGCAUGAUGCUUCUGGCCCACAUCAGUCUGGAUCAGUAUCUGGCUUUGAUGGCGGGAGACAGAAGCAGAGGCUUUGUGCAAAUCUUUCAAAAGAAACACUCCGGAAAGCUUUGUUUUGGGGUGUGGACCGUUGCGUGUUUUCUUGGCAUCCCUGAUUUAGUGUUAUCAACCGUAGGUGAGUUUCAUCACAAUAAGAGAUGUCUGGCAAUGUAUCCAUCAGACGUGGCGCAUAAAGCUAAAGCCAGUCUGGAGGUGAUGGAAGUCAUCAUAGGCUUUUUAUUUCCUCUGUUGGUGAUGCUGUACUGUUACAUCUUGGUGGGACGGGCCCUGGUGAUGCUCCCAGCAGAGAGGAGGAUGAGGAAGUGGAGGUCUAUCCGUGUGCUGUUGGCCAUGGUUGGAGUGUUUGUGGUCACACAGCUACCCUACAAUGUGGUGAAGUUCGUCCAGGCCAUGAACAUCGUGUACACAUUUGUGACGCACUGUGGACUUAGUAAAGGGCUGGAUAGGGCUACGCAGAUCACAGAGAGCCUUGCGUUAACGCACUGUUGUCUAAACCCUGUUCUUUAUACCUUCAUCGGUUCGUCCUUUAGACAGCACGUCAUGAAAUGCGUCAAAGGCUUCGGAGACCGAGGGAGGAGACUGGCACGUGUGCGGGAGCAAUGGGAAGUGAACAUCUCCUUAAAUUCCCAUUCGCAGUCCCAAGAGACAAGCACCUUUUCGAUUUAAGCCUAUUGAAGAGAAAAGAGGUUGUGUGCCAACAUGAGAGAACAAAUGACACAUUGUGUAAGCAGAUGAUGCCCUUGCAAUUGUUCUGUCACAACAAGUUGUAGUGGAUAGAUUGUAUCAAAAUCAAAUAAAUCACGGACUCAUAAAAACUCCUGGGGCGGAUCAUGGUCCUACUAGGCCCCUAGAUACACAUCUUUCAGUUCCAAAUAUGUGUGUGGGUGUGCUUUCUUAGUUAACAAAUGUGUGUUAUUUUUUCCCGAAAAGCAAUAAAAGCUCAUUUCUUUAAACCUUGCACUGUAGUCUAUGACAGGCCUUCACUUGAAGUGAAUGCAUUGAGGGCCUAAGGUGUUCCAUUCAUAGUGUGAACCUGAAUUUUACAUCCUUUGAUGCAUGAAUGUUGAUAUCCUCAGUCAGGAUAUCUUAAGAGUUGACAGUAUGCUACAGUAGGAUGGUGCACUAGCUUACCCUGUAGUGUUUGAUGUACAACUAUGCCAUCAAAACAAAAAAAGGCUUUUUAAAAAGCUGUCCACUUUAGUGACCUCUAUGCAUGCAAGGCUUAAGAAACAUACUGCUUUUAAACUCGAUUGUAUUACAUAUAAAUCAUAACAUAUACAUUUUUAAUACAUAUAAAAAUAAAUUUACAUUUAUGCAUUA